CGACUGCAAGAGUUUAUAGAGUUGGUUCGAGCUGAAAAUAACUUGCGAGCUAUCACAUAUGCUCAGAAAUACCUUGCACCAUGGGGAACUACUCAUAUGAAAGAAUUGCAGCGGGUCUUUGUAACAGUAGCUUAUAAGAGUACUACUGAAUGUGCUACAUACAAGGUGUUAUUUGAGCCGAAGCAAUGGGACUACCUGGUUGACCAAUUCAAACAGGAAUUUUGCAAGUUAUAUGGCAUGACUCUUGAGCCUUUGCUGAAUAUUUAUCUGCAAGCAGGCCUGUCUGCUCUGAAAACCCCAUACUGUUACGACGAUGAUUGCACCAAGGAGGAUCCACUAUCACAGGAGGGUUUCCGGAAACUAGCCCAGCCAUUACCUUAUUCUAAGCAGCAUCACUCGAAGCUUGUUUGCUACAUAACUAAGGAACUAAUGGACACAGAGAACCCACCACAAGUCUUGCCCAAUGGCUAUGUCUACAGCUCUAAGGCUCUUGAAGAAAUGGCCAGGAAGAAUGACGGUAAGAUUACUUGUCCAAGGACAGGUUUGGUCUGCAAUUACACAGAUCUGGUGAAGGCAUAUAUAUCAUAAAUUAAAUCUACAUAUUGUGGCCUGUUCAAUUAUUCAAGUUUAUUAUCAAUUCGUACUGGGCUUUGUAACCGUUAGAAUGUCCUGUGCUUACUGUACAU